AUGGAUUACAUGAUCUCCUUCUUCUCGCUCUCAACCCUCUUCCUGCAGCUCGUUGGGGCCACAAACGAUGGCGCUUCUACCAUAAGUUCUUAUUGGAAUGAGGUGUUCCCCAUAACCCCCAUGCCCAAUGCCAUUCGAGCUCUCCUGCCAUCCUCUCCAGAGAUAUCAGGAUUUAGUCGUGGUCUUCACCACUAUGACCAAGUGAGACCAUCUCCUCGUGGUCAAGCCUGGGUUAGAAGGUGGGGUGUGUUGGGGCAUGACUACGAUCAGUCUAAGCGUAAUUGGUCACCGAACCUUGCACCCCUGUAUUUCUUAAGGGACGACCUGCAGCCCGGUAGCAAGAUGAACGUCACCAUGAUGAUCAGCCCGACAAUAAUAGAUGGUUCUAGUGGUGGUACCAGCAUUGAGCCAACCUUCUUGCCACGCCAACGAGCUCAAGCAGUUCCCUUCUCGACCUCCAAUCUCACUACCAUCCUUGAGAUGUUCUCCAUUCAACCCCACUCUGAGCAUGCAUCUCUUACAAGGCAAACACUUGAAGAUUGCGAGAGGCUUGCACUUAAAGGAGAAGUUAAGUACUGUGCAACAUCUCUGGAAUCCAUGAUCGAUUUCGUGGUCGCAAAACUCGGAAGUAGUGAGAUUCAUGCAGUGGUCACUUCAGUGGAAGUAGUGAGAUUCAUGCAGUGGUCACUUCAGUGGCCAUACAUGGUUCCAUUGAUUGCUGACGACGGUAGCCGGGUGAAUGCCCUUGCUUUGUGUCAUUUUGAUACGUCAAAAUGGAAUUCUGGCCAUGCCAGCUUCCGGUUACUAGGCGUCAAACCUGGAACUGUUCCCAUUUGCCAGUUUAUUGUAAAAAACCAUGCUUGGGUCCCCAACUAA